CCUUCACAGGAAUUGACUAUGAACAAAUUGCAAAAUUUCUCUGGUGACAAUUUUCCUUCUGGCGAGCUUUUAAAUUCAUCCUCACAGAUUCAUCCCUGUUCACAGAACCAACAGCCAACCUAUAGCACACAAUACCCUGUUGGUGAUGGCAUCUUGGGUGUGCCUGGGAAGACUGGUGCGCAAUACCCUGUAGGUGAUAGCAUUUUGGGUUUUCCUGGGAAGGAUGGUCCUAUGUCCCAAUACCCUACCGAUCUUGUGGACAGAAAUCAAUCAUCUCGCCUUCCUGAUUUUGGGGCAUCUAGAAUACCUACACAUCAUAAUCCUUACGCAUCUACUUUUGAGCAGCCACUAUCCUCCAAAUUCAGUUCUAACAUUCACAAUCAAGACAACGGUGCUCCCUCUGGUAACAUGUUUGAUACUCCCGGCAAUUUGAGCCAAGUUCUUGUGGAUGGGCAAGGUGUUGGCAGUGUUGGAUCAAGACAGACUACUUCAUCGCCGAGUUCUGCUAGAGCUGCUGGUCAGCUAUUGCCCAAGUCAGAAGCUGAGCAGUAUGAUCCACUUUGGGACAGCAUUGAGCCAUCAUCAGCUUUGCUCAAGAAACAUGGUCAUGGUCAAAAACAGGAAUCUGCCGGUGAUUCCAAUAUCAUUGUGAGGCUCAGUGAGAACAAGCAUAAAGAGGUUGAAACUGUUGCAUCAGCUACAUCUCUGGAUAUUGAUGAGUUUGGUGAGACAGCGGAUGCAGAAGUGGGUGUUGUUGAGGACGAGAGUCUGAGUGAUCGUGGUGGUGCAGCAAACAUGGCUGGUGAGAUUGAGAUUGAUCAGGUUGAGUCUCCAGGGAAGAGCAAGAAGAAAAAGGAUUCAAGAUCAACGAGACUUUUCAAGAUUGCUAUUGCAAAUUUUGUAAAGGAAAUUCUGAAGCCAUCGUGGCGGCAGGGUAAUAUGAGCAAGGAAGCGUUUAAGACCAUUGUCAAAAAGACUGUUGAUAAGGUCUCUGGAGCCAUGAAGAAGCACCAGAUACCCAAGUCAGAGGCAAAGAUAAAUCACUACAUUGACUCGUCACAGCGGAAACUGACAAAACUGGUGAUGGGUUAUGUUGACAAGUAUGUGAAUGUGUAGACGUCAGCUGUGUUGAAGCAACCAACCUGCACGCAACGGCACAAUUUCUUGAGGGUGUCAUCUCGGACCAAAAGAGAACUGGAUCUCUCAGUGAAGAUUAAAGUAGAGCCUUAGACCUUUUGCAGUAAGUCACAACUAUAUAAACAGUGAUCAUUGUAUACUAUAUAUAUAGUGUGAAUUCUAAGAAGGUUGAUUGAAUGGUUCGGUGAAAUGGGGUUAUAAUUAUAAGUUAA